UCUAAUAACUUCUUCCUUCCUCCCCCUCUCUCCCUAUCUCUCUCUCUCUCUCUCUCUCUCUCUCUCUGUAAAAAAAAAAAAAAAAGCGAACAAACUACACAAGAAACAAAAAUGGAAAUAGAGCGAAGCCCACCAGAGGUAGCAAAGAAGCUAUGGAACAUAAUACGCGCAGUGUUCUUCAUGUUAAAAACAAGCAUAUCAAAGAGCAAGAUCAUGAUAGAUCUCCACUUAAUGUUCAAACGAGGAAACAAGUUCGCCGGAAAAGCCAUCGGAAACCUCAUCGUCCACCAUUACUCCUCCCUCACUUGCCGCUCCAAUGACGCUCAUCUCUCCUUCAUCUCCCCCAGAGAAUACGAAUUCAGUUGCAGCAACAGUCCGGCUCUCAACUUCUACCCUUUCCACCCCCACAAGCGCAAACACCAUCGGCACUUACCCAAAGCCUACCGUUAUAACGACGUCACCACCGUCGCCGCCGUCCAAAGGGUGCUCGAGAUGCUCAACAACGAGGCCGCGGCGGAGACUGCCGCUGGCGUUGCAGCAUCAUCCCCACUGGUGCUUCCCGGGUUCGGACGAAGCCCCAUGGUGAGGCAGUUGAGGGUGACGGAUUCCCCGUUUCCGUUAAAGGAUGAGGGAGAUAGUAUGGUGGACAAAGAAGCUGAAGAGUUUAUCAAGAGGUUUUAUAAAGAGCUUAAGUCACAGAAAAUAAUGGCUGCCCUCGAAUCACCUUGUCACAACGUGUGGGGAAGAUGAAGCUUAAUUUGCUUAAUUAAUCAGCACGUAAAUUUUGGUUCAUUCGACUGAUAUGAUCAUACAAAACAGUUUGUAUAUGUUUAUACAUGUAUUUUCCUGCGUGAGAAAAUGAAUUAAAUCUUACUUAAUGUUAGUCGUA